AUCCUAGAGAUAAGUUUCCUUUUAAAAUAAAUUUAUAGUUAUUUAAAAUUUUGCUUAGUAACGACCCAUAUUAUCAACUUUUAUGAACAAGCCAUGGCGCAAAUUUUAGCUCUCUUAAUGUUCACAAUUUUGCCCAAUAUUGGGGGAAUAGCUGGUUCAUUUAUUGUAAAAAAUAAUAUGAAGUCAUGGUAUGACACCUUAAAGAAACCGAAUCUUAGGCCACCUAAAUGGGCCUUCGCUCCAGUCUGGACAUCUUUAUAUUGCUUGAUGGGAUAUGCAUCAUAUUUGGUUUACGAAAGUGGAAAUGGAUUGAAUGGUGUUACAGCAAUUUCUUUAUCUGUAUAUGGUAUAAAUAUUAUAGCUAAUUGGCUGUGGACUCCAAUUUUUUUCGGAAAAAAGGAUAUAAAACUGGCGUUCUAUGACAUCUUGUUAGUCGAUGUAACAGCCAUAGGAUCAGCUUUCCUUUUCUAUGGAAUUAUCCGAUUGCUGGAUACCUCAUGAUACCUUAUUGUUUAUGGCAAGGUGUUGCUACUCUACUGAAUUAUAGUAUUUGGUUGUUAAAUCCUUCUACUACUGCUUCUACGACUGCUUCAAUAAGAAAACAUAAGAAACCAAAAAAAUCUGCUUAAUGAUAUUGUUGUAUGUUGACACACAUAGAAUAUUAUAUUUGUCUACCAAACAGAUUAAACUAAUAAAGACCUUUGUUUUA